AUGUCUGCACAUCCACCCAAAUUGUCAGAUCUCAGUUUUGUUGAAAAUAAUUGGCCCCCAUGGGCCAGACUCCCGGGGAAUUACCCCUAUCGUCAUACUCUUUGCCAAAAGGCGUCAGGUGUGGAAGUUCUCCCGAACGUUCAAAAUAGUCAGAGGGCUGUCUUUGUGCCCAGAGACCGUAGAGAUCUGUUACACUCUCCCAUAACCACUGUAGCUUUUACUACCACUGAGACAUCAACAACAGUUGAUGCUGCCACAACCACUGUAGCUCCUACUACUGAGGGCCCAACAACCACUGAAACUGUCACAACCACUAUCGCUCCAACUACCCCUGAGGUCCCAACAACCACUGAAGUUGCCACAGCAAGUACUACGACCAUUAAAACUGCCACAUUUACUAUAGCUCCUACUACAACUGAGGCAUUAAUAAGCACUGGAGCUCCCAUAACCACUGUAGCUCCUAGUACCACCGACACCCCAGCAUCUGAACCUGGAACAACCACUGUACCUCUUACUACCACUGAGGCUCCAGCAACCACUGAAACUGCCACAACCACAGUAUCUUCUACUACUAAUGAGGCAUCAACAACUAUUGAAAUUGUCGCAACCACUGUAGCUCUUCCUACCACUGUGGUCCCAACAACUGAAGCUGUCAUAACCACUGUAGCUCCUACUACCAAUGACACCCCAACAAUAUCUGAAGCUAUAAAAACCACUGUAGCUCUUACUACUACUGAAGUCACACCAACCACUAUAACUGCCAAAACCACUUUAGCUCUUACUACCACUGAAUCUGCCAAAACCACUGUAGCUCCUACUACUGAGGCCCCAACAACCACUGAAACUGCCACAACCACUAUAGCUCCAACCAUCCCUGAGGCCCUAACAACUACUGAAAUUGCUACAAGUGUAGUUCUUUCUAUCACUGAGACCCCAACAACCACUGAAGCUGCAGCAACCACUAUAGCUCCUACUACUACUAAGGUCCCAACAACCACUGAGGUUGCAAUAACCACUACUGCCACUGAGGCACCAACAACCACUGAAGCUAUCACAACAACUGAGGCCCCAACAGCCACUGAAGCUGCAACAACCAAUGUAACUUUUAUUACCACUGAGGCACCAACAGCCUCCGAAGCUGCGACAACCACUGUUGCUCCUACUACCACUGAGGCCCCAACAACCACUGAAGCUGCAACAGUUGGUGUUCCUACUACUAAUCGGGCACCAACAACCAGUGAAGCUCCUGCUACCACUGAGGCCCCAUCAACCACUGAAGCUGCAACAACCACUGUAGCUGCUUCUACUACUGAGGCACCAAGAACCACAGAAGCUACAAGGACCACUGUAGCUAAUACUACUACUAAGGCCCCAACAACCACUGAUGCUGUAAUGACCACUGUAGCUCCUACUGCCACUGAGGCUCCAUCAACCAUUGAAGCUGCCAUAACCUCUGUAACUCUUACUACCAUUGAGAUCCCAAUAACCACGGAAACUGCCACAAUCACAGUAGCUCCAACUUCCACUGAGGCCUCAACAACCACUGAAGUUCCCACAACCACUGUAGCAACUACUACUUUUGAGUCCUCAUCAAUCACUAAAACUGCCACAAGUACCAUAGCUUUUCAUACCGCUGAGGCCCAAACAACCACUGAAAUUGCCACAACCACUGAACGGGUAACAACCACUGUAGCUCCUACUAAGGCCCCGACAACUAUUGAAGCAGCCACCACUGAGGCACCAAUUCCCACUGAAGCUGCAACAACUACUGGAGCUCCUAUUACUACUGAGGCCCCAACAACUAUUGAAGCAGCCACAACCACUGUAGCUCUUACUACCACUGAGGCACCAACUACCACUGAAGCUGCCACAACCAGUGUACCUCCUAAUACCACUGAGACUGCUGCAACAGCCGUUGUAACUCCUACUAUUACUACCGAAGAGGCACCUACAACCACUGGAGCUCCUACUAUUACUGAGACCCCAACAACCUCUGAAGCUGCCACAGAGGCCCCAAGAACCACUGAAGCUGGAACAACUACUAUAGCUCUUAAUAUCACUGAGGCACCAACAACCACUGAAAUUGCAACAACCACUAUAACGUUUACUACCACUGAGGCCCCAACAACUGAACCUGUCACAACCACUGUAGGUUCUACUACUACUGAGGCACCAACAUCAACUGAAACUGCCACAACUACUGUAUCUCCUACUACCACUGAAGCUGCCACGACUACUGUAGCUCAUACUACCACUAAGACCCCAAUAACCACUGAAGCUGCCACAAUUUCUGUACCUUCUACUGCCACUGAGGUCUUAACAACCACUGAAGCUACCACAGUCACUGAGGUCCCAAUAACCACUGAAUCUGCAACAACCACUAUAGUUCCUACUACUGCUGCAACCUUUAAAGCUGCCUCAACUGUUGUAAGUCCUACAACUACUGAGGCCUUAACAACCACUCAAGCUACCACAGCCACUGAGGUACCAACAACCAUUAAAGCUGCAACAACCACUGCUCCUACUACCACUGAUGCCCAAACAACCACUCAAACUGGAACCAUUGUAGCUCCUACUACCACUGGCACCCCAAUAACCACUGAAUCUGCAACAACCACUGUCUUACUAACCAAUAACCCAACAACCAAUGAAGUUAUCACGACCACUAUUGCCCCAACUAUCACUGAUGCCCCAACAACAACAGAAACUGCCACAACCAUUGUAGCACCUAUUCCCACUGAGACCCCAACAACCACUUUAUCCCCUAGUACCACUGUUGCUGUGACAUCAGCCAGUAUUAGCACUGAAGCUGUAACAGCCACUUUAGUCCAAACUACCGCUGAGGCCCUAAAAACCAAUCUAUUCCCUAAAACUACUGAAACUGUGUCAUCCACCCCAGUCCUCAUUACCAAUGAAGCACUAAAAACCACUGAAGGUGUCAUAACCACUUCAUCCCCUACCAAAGAAAUUAUGACAAAUACUGCAGGUCACACUACCACUGAUGCCCCAACAACUAUUGAAGAUUCAACAACCACUAUAUCUCCUACUACCACUGAAGCCCUAACAAUUACUUCAGUCCCUCUUACCACUGAAGCUGUGAGAACCACUUCAACCUCAUCUACCAUUGGGGUUGUAAUGACCACUGCUGCCACAACCACUAUAAUUCCCACUACCAAUGACAACCCCAGAAUUACUGAAGAUGCCACAACUACUGUUAUACCAACAACUUUAGCUUCCACUAAUACUGAUGCCCUACUAACUUCUGCAAUUGCCAUAACCUCUUCAGCCCUGACAACUCCCGAAGGUCAUAUUAGUCUAUUACAAAUUGUCAGGGCUGAAGAGGUUAUGGCAAUUGCAGAAGUUAGUAGGGCAUCAGUAUUAGUGGAAGCUAAAGUUGUUGGUAUAACAGUAGUUGUGGCAUCUUCAGUAAUUCUGGGGUUAUCAUUGGUAGUGGGAAUUAUAGUGGUUGUGGCAGCAGUGGUCAUUACAACCCCAAUGGUAGAGGAGGUUGAAGUGGUUCUCACAGCUUCAGUGGUAAAAGGGACUGAAGUAAUUGUUAGGGCUUCAGUGGUAGUAGGAGAUAUAGUGGUUGUUGAAUCUUCAAUAGUUGUUGGGGCAUCAGUGGUAGUCUUCAGUGCUAAUACUGCUGAUGUCACAGCAACAGUGGUACUAGGGAUAAAGUGGUUUGUGGGGUCUCAGUGUGACACAGCAACGACGUCAGUUAAAACAAAUUCUAUUUCAGGUACAACAACGACGUCAGUUCCUGAAACGAGUACUAUUUCAGUAACUACUUCAGCUACCACAACCCCAGUUCCUGAAACAACUACUUCAGUUACCACUUCAAUUCCUGAAACUACUUCAGUUACCACAACUUCAGUUCCUGAAACUACUACUUCAGUUACCAGAACUUCAGUUCCUGGACUAACUACUUCAUUUACUACAACUUCCCUUCCUGAAACAACUAGUUCAGCUACCACAACUUCAGUUUCUGAAACAAGUACUUCAGUUAUCACAACUUCAGUUCCUGAAACCAAUACUUCAGUUACCACAAGUACAAUUUUAGAAACCACAACUUCAGUUCCUGAAACAAGUACUGCUUCAUUUACCACAACUCCAGUUAUUGAAACAACUACUGUUUCGGUACAACCUCCUGAAACAACUACUUCAGUCUCUACAACUCCACUUUCUAAAACAAGCACUACUUUAGCAACUGCAACUUCGAUUCCUCAGACAAGCACAAAUAAAUUAAACUCAAGUUCAUUUUCUGCAACAAGUACUCCAAUUACAACAUCAGUUCCUGAAACAAGUACUACUUUAGGUACCACUGCAUCAGCACCUGAGACAAGUACUGUUCCAAUUACCACAACUAAACUUUCUGAAACGAGUACAUUAGCUACCAUAAUUACAACACCAAAAACGAGCACUGCUUCAUCUACUACAAUAACCUAUGUUCCUGAAACAAGUACACCUUUACAAAAUACAUUUUCAAUCCCUGAAUCAAGUACUACUACAGUUAUUACAACUCCAUUUCCUGAAACAAGUACGACUUUAGAAACUAUAGCUGCUACUACUUCAUUUACCACUAUCACCUCAAUUCCUAUUCCAGUACUAUUCCAGGUACAACAUCAAUUCCUGACUACUACUUAUGUUACCACAACCCCAGUUCUUGAAACAACUACUGCUUUAGAAACUACUACUUCGGUUCAUGAAACAAAUACUACAUUAGUUACCAUAACUUUAGCCCUUGAGACAAGUAUUGCUUUAUUUACCACAACUUCACUUGCUGAAACAAGUAGUGCUUCAGUUCCUAGAACGAACACUGCAGUCAUCACAACUUCAGUUCCAGCUACAAGUACCGUUUCCUUUACUACAACAAGUAGUUCAAUUUCAGUUAUUUCAGCCACAUCAGCAGCACAGAAAAGUACUACUUCUGUUGCUACUACAAUUCCACUAAUGAUAAAUCUUACUACUUCAGGUACCACAACGACGUCAGUUCCUGAAACAAGUACUACUAUGUCUCCCACCACGACUUCAGUUCCUGAAACAAGUACUACUUCAGGUCCCACAACGACUUUAGUUCCUGAAACAAUUCCUGAAACAAGUACUACUUCAGCUCCAACAACGACUUCAGUUGCUGAAACAAGUACUACCUCGGUUCCCACAACGACUUCAGUUCCUGAAACAAGUACUACUUCAGCUCCCACAACGACUUCAGUUGCUGAAACAAGUACUACCUCAGUUCCCACAACGACUUCAGUUCCUGAAACAAGUGCUACUUCAGCUUCCACAACGACUUCAGUUCCUGAAACAAGUACUACUAUGUCUCCCACAACGACUUCAGUUCCUGAAACAAGUGCUACUUCAGCUCCCACAACGACUUCAGUUCCUGAAACAAGUACUACUAUGUCUCCCACAACGACUUCAGUUCCUGAAACAAGUGCUACUUCAGCUCUCACAACGACUUCAGUUCCUGAAACAAGUACUACUAUGUCUCCCACAACGACUUCAGUUCCUGAAACAAGUACUACUUCAGUUCCCACAACGACUUCAGUUCCUGAAACAAGUACUACUUCAGCUCCAACAACGACUUCAGUUCCUGAAACAAGUACUACUUCAGUUCCCACAACGACUUCAGUUCCUAAAACAAGUACUACUUCAGCUCCCACAACGACUUCAGUUCCUGAAACAAGUACUACUUCAGUUCCCACAACGACUUCAGUUCCUGAAACAAGUACUACUUCAGUUCCAGCAACGACUUCAGUUCCUGAAACAAGUCCUACUUUGUCUCCCACAACGACUUCAGUUACUGAAACAAGUACUACUAUGUCUCCCACAACGACUUCAGUUCCUGAAACAAGUACUACCUCAGUUCCCACAACGACUUCAGUUCCUGAAACAAGUACUACUAUGUCUCCCACAACGACUUCAGUUCCUGAAACAAGUACUACUUCAGCUCCCACAAUGACUUCAGUCCCUGAAACAAGUACUACCUCGGUUCCCUCAACGACUUCAGUUGCUGAAACAAGUACUACUUCAGCUCCCACAACGACUUCAGUUCCUGAAACAAGUAUUUCUUUAGCUUUUACAACGACUUCAGGUCCUGCCACAAGUACUACUCCCCUAACCACUAUUACUUUCCCUACCAAAACGACUUCAGCUGAACCAACAGGAAAUGCUUCAGUUACGAGCACGACUAUAGUGCCAAUAUUUACUACAACUGCAGCUACAACUCCCAGUACAGUGAGCUUUGAUCGUCACAAUACCUUCCAAAUUCUCAACAAAGGAAGCCUUUUUUGCCAUUGCCAACUCAACAGGCAUAUUUUCAUGCCCCCUCCCCCUAUCCUUGUGGGUAAAAGCCUCCAGAACCAUAGCUAUGGCUCUGAAGAUCCUACUAUGAACCAAGGGAUGACCUCAAGCGACACCCUUCACUUCUUGUAUGAUUGUAUUACAAUCAUCCUAGGACUAAAAUCUAAUUAUGUCCAUAUCCUUGGAAGCAGAAGCAAUAUUUUAGGACACAAUAGAGGGAACACCCAACAUUCAGUGGAACGACAUCAGGUCGCCAGUCUAACCGAAACGGAGAGGCUCAUCCUACAUGAUUCCAGUCGCCAUGGACAUCAAAAUUUAGAUGGAGUUUUAAAUGGCAAAAGAUGUAACCCCCCUCCCAUCCCACACUGUGACCUCUUCAGCUUGGCCAGUGUCACUGUUCUGCCAUUCAGCAACCAGACCCAUUACCUACUACGUACUAGUAAGUUAAAUAUCAAAGUAGAUCAAACCUCUCAGCACUACAUUUCCAGUUGUGUAUUCGACGGGGCUUCGUACGAAGAAGGAGAGACAAUCCCUGAUCAGUGUUUCACUGUUACGUGCAAAAAUGGACAGUGGACAGACCAAGGAGUUAAUGAAAACGAGUGCCAUGAGUGUUCAAUAUUCAUGGAUCCUCAUAUUUGGACAUUUGACCGUGAAAUGCACACGUUGACCACGAUUUGCAACUACUCCCUUGUGCAAAUGGGUCUUAGUUACAAUCCGGACUUCGCUGUUUACACACAGUUCGAGUCUUGCUUCGCACCCGGUUCUUGCCUCUCAUCCAUUACCUUCAUGGACAAUGGCAACACAGCAAUAUCAAGUGAAGUUUAUGGCUGGACGGGUGAUAAUACGAUUGAUGUGAACGGCGCGGAGUACUCUCUCCUGGACUACCCGACUCCGGUUACUUCAGACAGCACCCAGUUCCCUGUCCUGGCGUGGAGCAAAACUUCGAAAAUUCGCCUCUUCGGGUCCAGCAAAAUUGCACUUGAGAUACGAAGGACCGUCGUGCAUGUCUAUGUACAUGAGAGCGUGACAGGUAUUUAUGGUCUCUGCGGCACGGAAGAUAGUUCUUCGGAUUACACAGACCGGUCGGGAGCAGUAGAUUCUGAUCUGACUUCGUUCGCCAAUUCUUGGAAGGGGGUUAACCAUAACCAUCUCCAGCCAACAGAGGUUACUCCACUACCAAAGCAUAUUAUGUCAGUGAAACUGAAGUAUGCUUUUGACUUAGUGCCUCUUAUUGCUGUAUACACUUAUAUCGAUCUCAAGAGCAAAAAUUACCUCCUUCACCAGAGACUGAGGAUUUCUGGUAUCAGUAAUCUAACUGCAUUGCUGGACAUAGUAUAUUAA